AUGGUUCAAAAUCCAACGCAGUCUUCCAGGGAAUCGGAAGAAAUUAUUUCCAGAAGUUGGGUCCAACGGUUUUGCGUUAGGCAUGCCAUUGUUUUUAAAAAACUUAGUGGGGAAGCCGCGGGAGUCCCAUCGGCAACAUCUGAUGAUUGGCUAUCCAAAGUUUGGCCUACUAUUCGAGAAGGCUACAGUGAUAGUGACGUAUUCAACGCUGAUGAGACAGGUUUAUUUUAUAAACUUACGCCUGACCGUACCCUUCACUUCAAAGGAGAAAAAUGUUCAAACGGGAAAAUUUCGAAAGAAAGGAUAACUGUUUUAGUUGCUGCAAACAUGAGUGGAUCAGAAAAACGUAAGCUUUUCGUGAUAGGAAAGUCUAAGAACCCGCGUUGCUUCAAAAAUGUAAAAAAUUUGCCAGUCGAUUAUUACAAUAACCAGAAAGCCUGGAUGACAACCGAUCUGUUCAAUAAAUUCCUUUUAGACUGGGACAAGGAAUUGAAGAAAAAGCGCAGAAAGAUUUUGCUACUCAUCGAUAAUUGCCCUUCUCAUAUUAAUUUGAGAGAUUUUGAAUUUAUAAAGGUUGUAUUUUUACCACCUAACAUAACGUCCGUUCUCCAGCCAAUGGACCAAGGGAUAAUACAGAAGAUUAAAACCAAUUUCAGAAAGCAGCUUGUUUUACGGUUUCUUCAAGAUGUGGAGGAAAAUCGGGAAACAAAAAUUAGCAUUGAUAUUGAAACCGACAAUGGAGAAGAGGAUGAAGAAGAACAACUUGACAUCCCACCGUUAACCGACGCAUUGAGGGCGGCACAACUUUUGAAGAAAUUUGUGAUGUGUAACACUGACAAACAAAACUCUUACCUUAGUGGUCUCAUCACUGUUCUUCCUGUCAUGCGUAGUCGUCCACAGAAAAAUGAAGCUGAAUCUAGGCUUAAUAAUGCCUCAUUUAGUUAUCGUGUCCGACUGAUUGAAGAUGGAAUAACUCGUAAUGUUCCAGUAUGUCUGAAGGUUUUUUUAUCUUUACACGGAAUCACAGGCCGUCGAGCUAGAUACGUAAGGGAGUCGUUGCUUUUAACCAGGAAAGCACCUGUCGAUAUGCGUGGUAAACACAACACUCGACCUCACAGACUCAGAGGACACAAAACAGAAAGUGAUUGA